AGUUGUAAAUGUGACGUCUGCGUCGACAACGUCACCUCACGACUCACACGACCUCAAACACCUCGCUCAAAACACAAAACACGAAAGUUUCGUGACAUAGCGCUAUCGCUGUACGGCCUGGAUUGGGCCUGGAUACGGAGCUGCCGGGAAACAAAGUAAUUUAUUCGAUUUUUGGUUAUAUAUUUUAACUGUUGUGAAUCAUGUCUGGAAAAAGGGUGAAAAGAAAGGCACCGGAGCCACCGCUUGAGGAGAAACCUACCAAGGAGGAGUAUGCUGUCGCCAAGUACAUUCGUGACAAUAUCCCAAACAAGAAGACCAAGUUUAUGCACCACCCGGUGCAGUAUUUCACGGCCGGUCGCGCGGUGGACGCGCUGCUCGACUCGCCCUGGGCCUCCGGAGAGAAGAAGCACCCGAUCCUAUUCACAGACCGACAGUCGGUCGUCGACUUCCUGGACAUAAUGUUGCGGCACAAGUUCUUCCACCGUGCGAAGAAGAUCGCCAUCACAGACCGCGACCUGCGGCGCAAGGAGCUGAAGAAGCUCAAGAAGAAGGAGGAUGAGGAGCGGAAGAAGAAGGGCACCACUCGGGAGGAGAGCGAGAGCGACUCGGGAGAAGAUGAGGAGACCAAGGAGGCGGCGGAGCGCAGUGCUGCCGACGAGCCGGCCGGCGAGCCCAGCGCCGCCGAGGGAGACACCUCGUCACCAAGGGCCAAAAAGAAGAAGGAGUCCGAGGAGGGCAAGCCGAAGCGCCGCGUCAAGCUGGACAUGCACCUGGAGCAGGUGUUUGUCGACGGUAACGACGCCUACGUGUGGAUCUACGACCCGAUCCCGACGCACUACUGGCUGCUGGGCAUUCUGCUGGUGCUGGCUAUCGUGGCUGUGUGUCUGUUCCCGCUGUGGCCGGCCAAAGUCAGAGAGUACGUGUACUACCUGUCGCUGGCGGCCGCCGGUUUCCUCGUGUUCAUCCUGGCUCUCUCUGUGAUCCGCGUGGUGGUGUUCGCCCUCGUCUGGCUGGUCACCAUGGGCAGACACCACCUCUGGAUCCUGCCGAAUCUCACCGAGGAUGUUGGAUUCUUCGCUUCGUUCUGGCCGUUGUAUCAGUACGAAUACCGGGGUCCUAAAGAGGAUAAGAAGAAGGAGAAGCGCAAGAAGAAGAAGGACGCGACAGCGGAGGGAGAGAGUGGCGAUGUUUCGGCGACCAAAUCUGAGGACAAACCGGCAGCGGAGUCGGUACCAAAGGCCGACCCGGGCGAGGCCGAAGGAGGGCAGGCCGAGGACGGAACUAAAGAACAGGACGGUGACGAGCAUCGGGAGUCUGAGGGCGGCUCGGAGGGCAGCCAGCAGUCGACCGGUUCGUUCGAGAUCCUCGAGAAGUCCGAUGAGCCCGACACGGAGACGUAGGGUCUGGUUCGUCCGCCCGUCCGUCCGUCGGCCCGUCGGUGGUGGCUGCCCUCAUGACCGGUCAGUCGCGCGGGCGGCGGGCAGCCGGCGGCGGCGGCUCUGUUAUGAUUUGAUCGAAAGACGAGUGCACAAGUUAUAGGUUUGAUGGCUAGGCGUUAGGUAAUUAAUGCGUACGUUUUAGUUUGGAUCGGUUCAUUUUAUUUGUUGUUUGGUAGCACGGGCAUUGGUGUUGUUAUAAAUUUUAAAAGUUUAUUUUAAUAAAAUUGAAGAAAUUUAUUUCACGAAAUUGUCCGAUAUCUUUUUUGUUGAAGCUAUUUUGUGGAAAGGCGCUUGAAUCAAAUUGGCCUUUCUGUCGAUCGAGGGGUCACAAAAAAAAAUGAUGUGAUUAACGUGGCGUCGAGGGUGUCACCACACCUUCACUUUGGCCGCCAGGUGAAUUUUGAAGGAUUUGGGAACAUGGUCAAGGAGACACGUUUAUCAUUCGCGUUUGAACUGAUUAAAUCGUGUUUCAGUCUGGUCAAUAAGAUCUUCGGUGUAAGUCGGGCACAGGUUUAUAAAUACACUAAGAGCUGUAAUUGUACAUAAACCUAGAUUCUCGCAGAAAUAUAUUAUAUUUCCUAGCUCGUGUGAUGGGCUACCAAGGUUAGGGUACUAUUUAUUUAAGUGUACGAAUACUAUGUGGCUGGCUGUUGCGAUCUUUCGUCACGGUAGGAUGGUAUAUCUGCUCUGCUGUAAAUGGCGGAGGCUGUCUCGCUGAGCAUGGACGGCCGGCGGCUCGGUGCACUGCCCUGGUCGGAGCCGGGCGUCCCUGCGCCGCGGCUGUGGCUAGGUCUCGGAGCUCUCCGGGCUCUGUGACACGCCGGCGGAGCAGUGGUGUCUGCGGUACGGUUAUGUGACCCGGGCGGACGCCGCUGCCCUCGUGUGCCCUCGACAUCGGCGCGCGGCUCGCAGGACCGGUUCGUUCACGCUUCGUUCGCGAUGCACGAAAGGCGAGGACACGACGGAAAGUCGUGCGUCUUUCGUUAUUUUUGUAUGCAGGAGAGCGGUGCUGGCACGUGCGAGUUUGUUGUGCGCGCGCGAAAGGUAUAUCUUAUCGCCCGGAAGGUCGUUUGUCCGGGCUCCACCCCUCUAUCUCCCACCUCUCAGCUCUCUGUCACGGCUAUCCCAGCUCGACGGCCGCGGUGUCUUGCAGUUAAAUCGGUGUCAGUCUGUCGGUCCCGGUAUAUCCUCGCUCCGCCCGGCUAGGCUCGGCGGUGUCGGCACACGUCUCUCAGUCGUCGCGGCCCUGUCGUCGGCGGUCGCCGUAUUUUUGUAUAUCAGCUGCAGUGGAUGGCGAAUAAACGUGUGCUGCAC